UAUUUUAGAAAUGUUUCAAGGUAUGUCUUUUUCCUCUAAGAAAAGUUCGAAAAAAAGCCAAAACAAGAAGUCAAUCAUGAGAUCAGCAAGUUUAGAAGAAACUAAAAGAUUUGAACUAAGUGAAAGUUUUUCAGAAAGGUUUGAAAAUCUUGAAGUUGAAUCAAGUAGUGGAACU